UUUAUGAGUGAUAGUAAGAUCCAUGGUAUAACUUUUUAUGUGUGGCUAAGGUAGGGUAGAGGUCAUGGGAAGUGAGUAGGUUGAGGAACUGAGUGGUGUGGGUGUUUUGAGGGAGUGUCAAUAUAUGUUGAAAUCCCCUAUUAUGAGGGCAGGAGUUAAGGAGAGGGGAAAGACUGUGAGCCAGGUACUGAACCCAUUGAGGAAGGAAGGGGAGUGAUCUGAAGUCUGUAGACAACCACUACCAGGAUUUUGCUGGGUAGAUGAUAUGUAUUGUAUGGAGUUCAAAGAAGGAGAGGUGACUGGUAGGAGGAGAACCUGAAGUGGCAAUGGAGAGCAAGGAGUAUUCCCACUACUUAAAACCAAGGAAAGCAAAAGACAUGGAUCUGGAGAGUAUGACUUCAGCUUCUGCUCUGCAGGCUUUCUCCAAGCUGUUCAGCUCUCCUGAAGAGGAGGAGGAUGACCUGGAGCAGGUGUCAUAUCUAUCAUCUGCUGUUGGAGCCUUGAGCCCUGGGAAUAUUGGACCAGCAAAGAAAGAAGAAUCCAAAGUCAACCCUCCAAAUAAGACUGAAAAUAGAAAGGACAUAUGGGAUCCAGAGGAGGUGCCAGAAGAAUUGGAGUUUGAUGACAUGUGGGACCCCCGGAGACAGCCAGAAUAUGACGUUAUAUUCAAACAGCAGGUGGGAGCUGAGGAUGUAUUUCUGGGCAUGACCAGAAAGGACCCUUCUACAGCCUGCUGUGAGCAUCUCUUGGUUAAAAUUAAAUUGCCAGGAACCAAGUCUUCUGACAUCACUCUGGAUAUCCACGAAAAAGUUCUCGAUCUUCGUACUCCCAAGCAUAAGCUGCUCCUGCACCUUCCCCAUCCUGUGAACAGCAAGACUGGAAAAGCGAGUUUUAUCACAGAAAAGGAGAUCCUUGAAGUCAUCCUGACCAUGAAAAGAGAGUUUGAUUUCAUUAAUUUUUUCUGAAACCUUAAUGGGGUAAGAUAAGCUGUUGUCCAGUAAGACUAGAAGCAUCAUCAGAGUCCAAGGAAAACUCCCUGGGUGCUGAAUGGUUCUGUUCAUGAUGAGAUCAUCCAUUUACAGGGUGACCACUAAGGAACUGAUAAGAUGUCUGCAGAUCAAUUUAGUAGUUAGAGCAAUGGAAAUAUUUAAACUAUGGAAUGAUUAGUCCUUUGGUGUCAGUCAAACCAAUGAAAGAUGCAAUGACAUAAUCCGUUGCUCAACAAUUGGCUGUUAGGAUGGCAAAAAGCAAACAAAACCAAAGCAAAAAGGCCUUAUUUCUCUGUUAUUUGGUUAAUUUUGGUUAAACUAUAUAGAACUGACUUAUGAUGAAGUAGUUGAAAUGUUCCCAUAGUUAGUAUACAGGUUGUCCCAAAAGUCCUGGUGCAGAUUAAACUUAAAAACUUAAAACUGCACUAGGACUUUGGGGACACUCACGUUUUCAUCAGCCAUAUUUGAGUGGAAAAGAAAAUGAAGGGAAACUGUAAUCUUUGAGCAAUUUAGACCUGUUUGAAAUAUUUGUUAUUAGUAACAUUUAAAAACAUUUUUAAAACUUUUUUUCCUAUGCAGCCUUAUAGUUAUUACCAAUGCCUUUUUUGGGGGUACUCUGCAUUAUAUUGUGGCAAGUAAACUCCUUGGAUUCUGAAAGGCAUGUAGAGAAACAAGUGGCAUUCUUACCAGUUGGCUAUGUCUCCCUCAUUUCCAAUCUUUCUUCUUAAUUGGUAACUUGUACUAGUCUUUUGUCCCUGUUCUCAUUAAGCAUAGUCUAUACUGGCCGCACGCCGACCUUCUGCC